UGAGUUUACAGUUGAGUUGUGAAUAUGGUUUCUCCAUUUUAGUAGUAACUAAAUCCAAUCCUGUUAUCUUUUAGUGGAGGCUAUAUUCCAAAACAUUUAGUCAGUAUCCACCCCCACCAAUAACAGCUGUUCGAUUCUUAGUGACAUUAUUGAUUAGAUCCUAUACUAGCAUUGCCAGAGUAAAUUCAGAAAGGCAUUGGCAUCUGGCUCUGAUUCAGAGUUUGGAUCUAUGACUAUGCUUAGGUUCAUAGAAUCUGCUAAAUUACAAACCAUAUGAAUGGUUUAGUUGUCUGAAUCCAGACAAUGUCAUUUAUUCAAUAACUUGGUUAAUGGAAGGUUUAAUGGAAGGUUACCAUUUGAUUCCCUAUGGCAUGGCAUUACUAAUAAUAUUUUAGGCUUCAGAGAGGAAAAGGUAAUUGGCAAGAUAGUAGAUGUCUGUUUCCAGCCUCAGAAGACUUAACUUCAUAGAUUGGAAUGAUACCCAAAUGUCUUACAAUUUCAUAAAGGAAUGGGUUAUGUUCAGGACAAUGAAGAUGAUCCUUUUCCCCCUAUUGAUAUGCAUGCUCUUAAAUAUAUAACCAAGGUGCCAUGUGUUUGAUCUAUAGUAUUCCUAAGUGUGUACAUUUGGAGAGGAGAGAGCAGAAUUGGACAUUUUGUGAUUAAAUUCAGUUUUAGCUAUUGUCUCAAGGCAGAAGUGGUAGGGGUUCUGUGGUUUCUCUUCCAGAGCUAAAUAAACAGACAUUGGUGCCAUCUGGGUGAGUGAUAACAUUCAUGCUGUCGGGUCUUAGGAGCGCUUCCACAGAGGACUUUUAAGUGCUUCUGGAAGCAGAAGCAGUACAAAAAUGCAUGCAAUGUUAAUAUAACUGCCAUCUUAUCUGUUAUUAAUUUCAUUACGAUAUUGAUCUUAGCAUUUUUACAGUAGAAGUUAUGACUAUUGAAACUCCGACUUUCAGGUCCUAACAGGUAAUCUGGCUGACCUGGUCUGAGAUUGGGAACUAGGCAGGGUUGGGUGUGGUUAUUCAUUGGUUGGGAGACAAAGGAUAAGAUCUUGAAGUGAUUGAGCAACUGAAUAACAACAGGCUAGACUAGCAAGUCAGAAAAUACCUUGGAAGGUGAGGGCAAGCCAUUCACCCAAAACAAAAUAAUCUACCUUGCUUUCCUGCCUUUUGGCAGUUUGUAGAGUGACAACUCAGCAAGGCUUUCUUUUUUCGACAGCAUGGGGUGGGAUGGACUCAAGAGGAAUCGAAUAUUCAUUAUGAUACAUUAUGGUACUUCAGAUCAGAACAAACUUUUUCUGCUACUGGUUUGAGGAAGCUGCAAGGUCUGACACGGGAAAUAUGGUAGAGAGAAAACGAAGGUGUACUGCAUUCUGCACACUUAUCAGAGGAAGAGUUAAAAGAGAUGCCUUGGGGGUUUUGUGGCCCUAGCAGAAACUUUCCACCGUACCAGAAAAAACAGACGAGGCGCGCAGCAGGCGAAUCGCAGCUGAUCGGUUCCCGAAGAGUUGCGGCUGGCUGGCAGUCCCCCAGCCUCCUUUGGCUAAGUGAAAGUUAUGCAAUAACAGCCCCUCCUUCUUGACUUUGAUCGGAUGAAAAACAAAGAGAAAGAAACACAGCAUUCUUCUCCCUCACCCUCCCCGUCGCCCGCAGAAGUGGCAGCUGCACGGCGGGAGCAGCUGUGCAGUGGUCAUCUGUUACUACUCCUGGCAAGUAUACCUUAUAGCUUUCUGCUGAAAAACUAUGAGGAGGAGGAGGAUGAAGAUGACGACCUGUCACUGUCAACAUCCCAGCCCCGUGGGGAUCCUGCCCAGAAUGUGUCUGGUUGUCCAGCUCAGUGCACCUGCCCAACAGAGGAGACAGUGGAUUGUGGUGGCCUUGACUUGCACAUUUUCCCCAGCAAUAUCUCUACAGACAUCCAGCAUCUUUCAUUGCAGAAUAACCAAUUGCAAGAGCUACCCUACCAUGAAUUAUCCCGUCUGAUCAACCUACGAACCCUCAAUCUCCAUGACAAUCUGGUCACCUCUGAUGGUCUUCCGGAUGAAGCCUUUGAGCCACUGCAGUCACUUCAGUACAUCUAUCUGGCCAAUAACAAGCUAUCUGUGGCACCACAGUACCUACCUCACACACUACGCAUUGUGGACCUUGCUGCCAACCACCUGACCUGGGUCUUUCCACUCACCUUUGGGCAUAAGCCUGGUCUCAGGUCUGUUUAUCUGCACAACAAUUACUUGAACAACACUGGUCUGUCCUUUGAUGCUUUCAAUGGCUCGGAUGCUGUCAGUACCCUGAUCCUUUCCAACAAUCGGCUCACCUAUGUGCCCCAAAAUUUGCCCUGUGGUGUUGUUCGCCUCCAUUUGCAGAAUAAUCACAUUUCUCGUAUCCCUAAAGGGGCCUUGAACAGCCAGGGGCACCUCCGGGAGCUUUACCUGCAGAACAAUAAUCUAUCCAGUGAAGGCCUGGCCCAUUCCACCUUCAGCAAGCUGAAGAGACUCGAAUAUCUGGAUCUUUCCAACAACAACUUGACAGAGGUGCCUGCUGGUCUUCCUGCCAACAUAGUAAUACUACAUUUGGGCCGAAACCACUUGAAAGGACUACCGCCUGAGCGUCUUAGCCGUGUGCGAGGCCUGCAGUAUCUUCUAUUGCAAAGCAAUGCUUUGACAGCUUCAGGGAUGCACCCAGAGGCCUUUGCCCACCUGCGCUCCCUGCAUACACUCCAUUUGUACAAUAAUCAGCUAGAUGGAAUCCCACCUGGACUUCCGCGGCGUGUCCGAUCCUUGAUGCUACUGCACAACCAGAUUGCACGCAUUGGUUUGAAUGACUUUGCGGCCACGUAUGCUUUAACUGAGCUCAAUCUCAGUUACAACCGGCUUUAUAGUGCCCACAUCCAUCGCCUGGCCUUCCGUAAGCUUAGGCUCCUAGAAACUCUGGACAUCUCUGGCAAUAGACUCACGCUGCUCCCGGCUGGGCUGCCCAACAGUCUUCAAGUCCUCAACCUUCAGAAGAACCAGCUCAAUGCUCUUUCUCCAGAACGGUUAGUUAACCUCACCAUGCUUAAAGAGCUGCACCUGGCACACAACCGGCUGAAGAUCAGCAGUAUUUCUCCAGGCACUUGGCAUGAGCUGCAUGGGCUCAAGCUCCUGGAUCUGAGUUUUAAUGAGUUGUCAUACGUUCCACCAGACCUUCCAGAAUCACUGGAAUAUCUAUACUUGCAACACAACCGAAUUAUUCUCAUUAUGGCUGAGACUUUCCUGACAACACCCAACAUACGGGUCAUCUCUCUCAGAUCCAAUCGAUUAUUGGCAGCCAAUGUGUCGGAAGAGGCAUUUGCAGACCUGAAAUUCUUAGAAGUAGUAGACCUGGCAGGCAACCCAGAGCCUAUCAGCACCUCUCUCCUGCAAGCUGGACACCAGGCCCAGACUCAGAUGGGCACCUAGGAAGGAAGCCUGGAAGAGAUUACCAUCUGGAAUUCUCUGCACUACUCUACUUCUUUAGGUCUUUUGAUGAAUCUAACCAACCUGCUAACAUCUGGAGGGGGUUUUGUUGUACAGUGUUUAUUCUCCCAGUUUCUGUCAGCCAAAUACAACAAAGCCAGUGCAAGCGAACUGCUUUUCUUCGGAGCAAAACUGGAAUGCUGAUUGCCAAUGGAUCUACAUUUGGCUUGGCUAAGCUUUCCUGGAACUACAGUGACAGUCAUACCCAGAAGAAGUUAGUGCAUCCUCCUGCACUUACUUGCAAUAUUGGCUAGGACAUAAAAUAUUCAGUGGAGCAUUUUCCCCACAGUUCCUUCUUCUGCAUCACUUCUCAUAUGUAUUUCCAAUCUAACAGCCCAGCUGUUGCAAUGAACUAGAAAGUUGCAAAUGCCAAGGUUUUCUUCCCCAUGUGUCAAAUCCCAUUUGUAAAUGAGAUGACAGAAAUGAUAGCUAGCAUCACACAGAAUUACUAACCAGCAUUUUGAUCUCCCACAUUUAUGACUGUCUGAAUAGACUUGAGGCAACAUUAAAAAAAAACUUGCCUUUAGAGAGAACUUGCCUCCAGAAGUCAUGGGUGCUCCAUCAUUGGAGGUUUUCAAGAAGAGACUGGACUGCCAUUUGUCCAGAAUGGUAUAGGAUUUCCUAUGUGAGCAGAAAGUUGAACCAGAAGAGCUCCAAGUCCUUUCCAACCCUAUUAUUCUAUGUUCCAACUGAGGGUCCAUCAUAACAGGAUUAAAGUCAUAAGGCAGGGGUUCUCAACCUUGGCAACUUUUAAGACUUGUGGACUUCAACUCCCAGAAUUCCUCAGCCAGUGCUGGCUGAAGAAUUCUGGGAGUUGAAGACCACAAGUCUUAAAGUUGCCAAGGUUGAGAACCCUUGUCAUAAGGCUUGUAUUUGAGAUCAAAGAUAUCAUCCCUGUGUCAAGGAUGAAGCCAUAGAAACCAAGUUAUUUUAAUAUCAAAUGACUUCAUAAGCUAAACUUGUGUUAGCUUAGCAGAUUAAACUGUUUUUAUUCAGAGAUGGCUGGGAAAAAAAGAAAUUAAAGUUAUAAAAUAGAUGGAAGAUUCCAUGAAAAUGACAUUUUACUGUUGAGUAGACACUUAAACAGAAUCCAGAUUAAAAGGCGGUUUGGAGAAUUUAUUACUGGUACAUUAAAGAGUUUUUGUUUUGAA